CGGGCAGGCCUGGCGGAGAGGCAGCGGCCCCGGGGGCCCCGAGGGGGUGGAGCCCGCUGACCUGGCCGAGUCCGGCGGGGGCGGUCGCCGGCCCCCAGAUUGUUGUGGGAAAGGAUCAGGAUGUGAUUUCGAAAGCCGGGAUGCCGUGGAGGCGGCCCAGGAAAGUGAUGGAUUGAGUCGGAUCCUGGAGAAAAGGAAUUGCAGGCCGCAGCGGCCGAAAGCUAGGCUGCCGGCGGAGACUUUGGAUGAGGCCCCCGUCAGAUGCAUGGGGUGUGCGUGACUGCCCAGGCUCUGUACCCAGUAGCGGUUAAGGCUGAAGAAGUGCAGUACAGCGGGAGACCCCAGACGGGACAGAAAUGCCUUGCAGACCACUGACAUUUAACAUUGUGGAGGGAGGAGAAGCAGCUGGAGGCAUCCUUGGAUGCCCUGCUGAGUCAAGUGGCUGAUCUGAAGAACUCCCUGGGAGGUUUCAUCUAUAAGCUGGAGAACGAGUAUGACAGGCUCACCUGGUAGGAGUCGCCUGGGCCCUCCGUCCUGGACAGUUUUGCCUUGCUCUCGGGACAGUUGAACACUCUGAACAAGGUCUUGAAGCAUGAAAAGACUCCACUGCUCCGCAACCAAGUCAUCAUCCCUCUGGUGCUGUCCCCCGACCGAGAUGAGGAUCUCAUGAGGCAGACUGAAGGACGGGUGCCCGUCUUCAGCCAUGAAGUGGUCCCUGACCAUCUAAGGACCAAGCCUGACCCCGAGGUGGAAGAGCAGGAGAAGCAGCUGACGACAGACGCAGCCCGCAUCGGUGCCGACGCAGCUCAGAAGCAGAUCCAGAGCUUGAAUAAAAUGUGCUCAAAUCUUCUGGAGAAAAUCAGCAAAGAAGAGCGAGAAUCAGAGAGUGGAGGUCUUCGACCAAACAAGCAGACGUUUAACCCUGCAGACACUAAUGCCCUGGUGGCAGCUGUUGCCUUUGGAAAGGGUCUUUCUAAUUGGAGACCAUCAGGCAGCAGUGGCCCCGGGCAGCCAGGCCAGCCAGGAGCUGGCACCAUCCUUGCAGCCUCAGGACUACAGCAGGUGCAGAUGGCGGGAGCCCCGGGCCAGCAGCAGCCGAUGCUCAGUGGGGUGCAGGUGGCUCAAACAGGUCAACCAGGGAAAAUGCCAAGUGGAAUAAAAACCAACAUCAAGUCAGCUUCCAUACAUACCUUCCAGCGGUGAGUGUGGCCAGCAACCUCCACUCGCAGGUGCUCUUGGCAGAGUUGGGCAGUGAAAUGACCUUUGGCUCAAGGCUCAUCCAAGUGGGUACAGUGAAAGCGAGUGUGGGCUUCUAGCAGUAGACAGAUCCCAGUGUCACUGCUGACCAAGUACGUGGACCUUGGGCAAGUGGCCUAAUUUUUCUGAACCCAUGUUAUGAUUUGUAAGUGGUAAUAAUACCUACUUCAUAGGGCUGUUGUGAGGAUCAAAACAAGAAGAUGAAUGUAAGACUGAACAGUGUAUGAAACAAUAGGUGUUCAAUAAAUAACUUUCUACAGUUA